AUAUUUGCACAAACGUGAAGCUCUGCGGGGAAAAGAAAAUCACCGGCUUCUGUGUUCAUGAGGUAUAUAAAAGCUUACAUUUAAAUAAGACGGUGCAUUCGCAAACAGCUACAAUCAUGUUGAAGAAGUUUAUGAUAUUGGCAGUUGCCUUUUUGGCUGUAUCAGCGCUUGAAGAACCAGGAGAAGAGAGGGUAAAACGUGCUGACAAGGGAGGAUAUCUACCAAGGCCUACUGCACGUCCUGUAUAUGUCAAAUCUAAACGCGAUGUGGAGGAAGUCCAAACAGAGGAACUGGAAAGGGUCAAACGUGCUGACAGGGGAGGAUAUCUACCAAGGCCUACUCCGCCACGUCCUGUACAUUUCAAAGCCAAACGCGAUGUGGAGGAGGUCCAAACAGAGGAACUUGGUAUGUAUAAGGCCUUAAUCGAUUCUGACUUCAGUUUCUAUGAACCUAUGUAUAUUAACAAGUCAUUCAUUUUCUCAGAAAGGGUCAAACGUGCUGACAGGGGAGGAUAUCUACCAAGGCCUACUCCGCCACGUCCUGUACAUUUCAAAGCCAAACGUAAUGUAGAGGAAGUCCAAACAGAAGAACUUGAGAGGGUCAAACGUGCGGACAGGGGAGGAUAUCUACCAAGGCCUACUCCGCCACGUCCUGUACAUUUCAAAGCCAAACGCGAUGUGGAGGAGGUCCAAACAGAGGAACUUGAGAGGGUAAAACGUGCUGACAGGGGAGGAUAUCUACCGAGGCCUACUGCACGCCCUGUAUAUGUCAAAUCAAAACGCGAUCUGGAGGAAGUCCAAGCAGAGGAACUGGAAAGGGUCAAACGUGCUGACAGGGGAGGAUAUCUACCAAGGCCUACUCCGCCACGUCCUGUACAUUUCAAAGCCAAACGCGAUGUGGAGGAGGUCCAAACAGAGGAACUUGGUAUGUAUAAGGCCUUAAUCGAUUCUGACUUCGGUUUCUAUGAACCUAUGUAUAUUAACAAGUCAUUCAUUUUCUCAGAAAGGGUCAAACGUGCUGACAGGGGAGGAUAUCUACCAAGGCCUACACCGCCACGUCCUGUUCAUAUUAAAGCCAAACGCGAUGUGGAGGAGGUCCAAACAGAGGAACUUGAGAGGGUCAAACGUGCUGACAGGGGAGGAUAUCUACCAAGGCCUACACCGCCACGUCCUGUUCAUAUUAAAGCCAAACGCGAUGUGGAGGAGGUCCAAACAGAGGAACUGGGUAUGUAUAAGGCCUUAAUCGAUUCUGACUUAAGUUUCUAUGAGCCUAUGUGUAUUAGCAAGACAUUUACUUUCUCAGAGAGGGUCAAACGUGCUGACAGGGGAGGAUAUCUACCAAGGCCUACUCCGCCACGUCCUGUACAUUUCAAAGCCAAACGUAAUGUAGAGGAAGUCCAAACAGAAGAACUUGAGAGGGUCAAACGUGCGGACAGGGGAGGAUAUCUACCAAGGCCUACUCCGCCACGUCCUGUACAUAUUAAAGCCAAACGCGAUGUGGAGGAGGUCCAAACAGAGGAACUUGAGAGAGUCAAACGUGCGGACAGGGGAGGAUAUCUACCAAGGCCUACUCCGCCACGGCCUGUACAUUUCAAAGCCAAACGCGAUGUGGAGGAGGUCCAAACAGAGGAACUGGGUAUGUAUAAGGCCUUAAUCGAUUCGGACUUAAGUUUCUAUGAGCCUACGUGUAUUAACAAGACAUUUACUUUCUCAGAGAGGGUCAAACGUGCUGACAGGGGAGGAUAUCUCCCAAGGCCUACUCCGCCACGCCCUGUGCAUGUCAGAGCCAAACGCGAUGUAGAGGAGGUCCAAACAGAGGAACUUGAGAGGGUGAAACGUGCUGACAAAGGAGGAUACUUACCUAGACCUACCCCUCCCCGUCCAGUGCAUAUGAAAUUCAAACGAGAUUUGGAGGAAGUUCAAACUGAGGAGUUAGAAAGAGUUAGGCGCGCCGAUAAACCUGGAUAUCUACCAAGGCCUACUCCGCCGCGUCCUGUGCACAUCAGAAGGAUUUAGAAGACGCAUGGUAGGCUACCAUACCGAUCAUCACCUGCCCCACAAAAAAAAACUUGCUAAUGACCGACUACAUCUUUUGUCAAGAACUGUAUGAAAUUCAGAAAGAAAUUCAAUCACACAUGUAUCUUGUUAUUAUUAUAGAUAUUAGCUAGUAAGAAUACGUUACGUUUAUGAAAAUAAAUAUUAAAAAGAUGAA